UUGGCUGCGCUGCAUCCAAACGCAUUAAAAAGACAAACGGGAACGGUGACGAUCAGACACAUAAAUAAUGAGAUCUCGCGGCUCUUUUUCGAUUUUUCUUCUUCUCCUGAGUGUGUUUGUCAUAUCCGUCCUCGUUUCGUCAUUUGCAAGGAAUAGGGAGUAAACGGGAGGAAGAAUCCUAACCCACUUCAUUUCAUUCGGUUUAUUCGUAUCACAUGCACCAAGCCUCUCGCUUUAAAGUAUUUGAGCACCUGGCUCACGAUGGCCGCAGCAUCGGGACCCCGGUCCGCGUUUCGAGAGAUGAUGCUCCAGCAGGCACAGCAAACCGCUAAAGUGCAGCCAAUGGACGGCGCACCUGACGCUCCACCACUCGUAGGAUUUGGAAGUGGAGCAGCCAGGCCGAAGCAGAGCUACAGUGGUCCGUCCUCCAUGGCCACACCGGCUGCUGCGCGGGUAGGUGGAGGUAGUGCAGCGUCGGCAGUGCCGCGGAACGGCGUGAGGCGGGUCGCCACGGGAAGGGCUGCUGCGGCACCGAGGUCGAUGGGUACUACUAUUAAACUCUUUCACGAACAAAUAUGAUCGGAUCCUCGAUCACCGAUCAGUAUACAGGUUACAAGGAAGUCAAAUAGAAGUGGCAGAACCGCUGCAGUUUUUCGAUGCGACAGACACAUCAAGAUGUUGACGUCGUCGCAUCUUCCAUUAUCAUUCAAAAACGAAAACACCAGACACCAUGUCAGAAGCACCCUCAUCUGUGGCCGCGUCGCAAGCAACCAGGCCGAAGAAGAUGCACGCGCCGGGAGCGAUUCCGCGGUAUUUGCAGAAAUUCAAGCAAGAAAAGGAAGAUGAACUCGCACGACAAGAAGCCGAAGCGAACAAGAUCAAGAUUCCGGAUGGAUACAGGUAUACUUCUGGAACGAUCGACAUUUUUACUUUGUGAAGAUGACAGGCCCCGCUCGCGGCUGCAGGAUAUCCUGAUCGAGAUUUUUGAGGCUGCAGUCGUGCUAUUAAUUCGUGAUGAAGAUGUCCCAUCAACAAGAACAUCUUCACAUGAACCGCACGCAGACUCGUCGGGGACAAAGAGCGAAUCCUGACACUGGAGUGGUUCGCGACCCAGCUGGACGAGGUAAGCGAGCAGAUGCGCAAACUCCCCAUCCGGAUCGAGACCGCUAGUCAGAAAAAGCGGGAAAAGGAGCUCGUCGACAAGAAGGAGCGGCUGGAAGACGGGGUGCAGAUGUUCUCGAAGGAAAUCGUAUUUAUUGUUGCUUUUGUAAUGCUUGAUGUUGCUGUUGUAGAUGUAGUUGUGCGAGAAGUAGUACUUUUGAUGUGGUGUCACUGUCUCCAUUCAUAGCGGGGGCCCUAUUAGCCUCAGUAUUACGAUGUCAUGGCGCCCUCGUGCAUAAUGUAACGCAGCAUGGAAUCAGCUGCAGAGAUGGAAGACGUCGCAGCCCUCCAUCGUGGAGAAUGUUACGCACGACGGAGUGCGCAUUCUUUUCAUGCUGCAGCGUCUUUGACGAUACACUUUCAGAAAGCCGAAGUAGGUGCGUCCGCGAGACCAUUAUUUCCGGAUGCGAUCAUGAUGGCGCAUUCCAGCUGCUCUGACAACCACUUAGUUUGCGGCACCCGGGAGAACGCGAAGGUCGCCGUAGUACAACUGAGGUGCGAUGAUCGAGACCAACACGCUUCCCGCGAGUUGCACCUGAAGUAGACCAUUGAAGCCACUGCCUUUAUCACAGUGAAAAAUGCCCCCCACCCCUGCAAUUGCAACAAUUUGUGAUGCGAAGUUUCCAAAUGAAAGCUUUUUGUCAUGCAUGAAAGGAGUAAGAAUCUUUCUGAUGCAGAUUCUAGUCGUGUUUCGCAUCGCUUGCAUGACAAGCACCGCUCUUGCUGGGAUCUUUUGCAAUACAAAUUUUUGCUAUUCACGAUCGGAAAUCUGUGAUGCUGAUACACGCAAGAGGGCGAAUGUUUCAUUUGGAAAGAUUUGCAAUACAAAUGCUUUCAAGUUCGGGGGUGGGGGCAUUUUUCAUUGUAAUAGCCUUUGCUCGUUGUUCUAGAAGUAGUUGCACGUUUUGAUGUGGUGUCGUGAUAAUCUCCCCUUCUAUAUCUUCUUCACGAUGUUGUAGCUCCUGCAGCUUAGGAUCUGCCACUGUGCUGGACGCCGACCUCUGGCUCUGCUUUGCUUGUGCUGCGGGUGGUGGUGUUACAAUCAAGGGGAUGAAUUCGCCAAUUCGCGAGUGAGGGACAGCACCUCCUGAUGAAGCGCCAGCUUCAUCUCCAUGUCGGUCUGCGACUCUUUCAACAUCCACCAACCCGCUGGCUUUGUUCUGGUGCAGCUGUAGACCCGCAGCACGAACCAGCUGCCUCUUGCGCGCUCCCUCGAGCAGGUACAGGGCCCACAAGGGCAACUGGACGUCUUGCUCAUCAUAAUGGUCUUGACCCGCUUGCUCGGCCUUUCUCUUCGACCGCAGCAGCAACGGCGCAGGUUUGAUCUUGUCCUUUGCUUGUUCUGACGAUGCGGAAAUCUCUCCGAUGUGCUUCCACAAAGCCCGCUGAGACGGUGUUCGUAAGCUUUUUUGAAGUUGCUCGACGUCCCGCGAGUCGACGUCCUGGAAAAGCUUUGGCUUUGCCGUUGUCCCGUUAUCAGAUUCAUGUUCAACCACCGAGGACAUGAUGACCGGACAAUUUUCCAGUACCGAGACAAGUGAUAAGACGAGACGAGCACAGUGGUAAGCAAGUCGAAAAGUAGACGGACGCAUUUCCUACACCUAGUACCGAAACAAAAGAAACCCAAACCUUAACCUCAAAUAAAAAAGUACCUUAGAACAACAGCACAGCCUUAUUUAUUCGUUGCUGAUUCUUCUAGCGGCCCCAGUGGCGAAAGAAAUCAGGUACGAGUCAUCGUUCUGAAGCCCAUGCUUUCUCUUUCAUUUUCGUCAUUUUCUGACUCUUGUCGUUUGGAGAGGAUACAUACCACCUCGUGCGUAUACAAUUCGGAGUUAUCGCGGGGCGACCAGCGAUCGGCCUUUGCGUUCAACAGGAUCGGCACCAAGAACACCACACAAGCAUAAUAGCUAAUAUUUGUAUUUCGAAAAAAUCUUAUUCUGAUGAAUUGUUACAUUUCAAAAUGGAAAAAUUUGCAUCGCGUUACAUUUUAAAUGUAAAUCCAUGCUGUCCUGCUGUUGGAGAUGUUUAGUUGUAAGUCGUUCUUCGAAGAUUUUUUGGUUCAGUAUCUUCGAGAAACGAAGUCGCAGCCACAACAAGGCCAAACUGUGCAAGAAUGUGAUACCACCGCCCCUUUCUCUUCGCAUAGCGGUGGUGGUCGGUAUAGGUAUUGAUACGAAUCUGAAUGACGUCCAACAGAAACUAAGAUCAACACGCUUCCCGCGAGUUGCACCUGAAGUAGACCAUUGAAGCCGCAUCCGUAUCCGAUAGAAAGGGCUACAAAAUAAUAAACGCAGCUUCAUAGUACCGACCUGCAAAACCUUACGCAGCAUGGCGGCAGACCCAUUGAAAGGACUUUCAUGCGACACUGUGCUGCAGAACGGUACCCAUCACGCUAUCAUUCGUGGAUAUUAAAAUCAAAUUCGAUCAAACAGGUUGUCAUCCCCGAAGGAAGUAGUCCGGUUUGCGAGAUGCCGGAGGACACCAGCGAGCCGGGAAUUGUAGAGCCGCGGUUUCCCGAACAGCACACGCAGGACACGAAGGAUCGGCUCUUUGGGGGCUACGAGGAAACGCCGGUGUUGCAGAAUACCAACUACGCCCAGUACUUGCAAGCGCAGGACCGCAUCGGGCACAGUGUCAACGCGCAGCAGCCGCAGCAUAUGCUGGACGCAAACCAAGCAGAACCACCGGCGUACUACCGUGGCCCCGCUUCCACAGUACACCUUGCGAUUGUUUUUCUUGUCCAAGAACUUACUUUCGCACUUCAUGCUGACGGCGUUGUGAUUUUUCAUUUUUUGCGGGAGCGGUGCCAGUGCACCACUAUCCCUGACUCAGGUGUUGUACUUACUCUGGAUUCGCUUUUCCAGCUGGUGCACCGAAUCUAAAAUCACACACCAACAUCAGGAUCAUAUCUCGCAUCACGGGCCGCAGCAGCAGGGUGGUACUUUUCCCCGCCAACAAGGAGUACCAGCGGCACCUCCGCAGCCACCGGGGAGUAGUUCUUUUUACCACGGAGCAGGUGGUUCCGCUAUGUCCCACGGGACAAGCAGCAAGGAAACAGUAUCGAGCGGGUCGGAGCCGGGCUCUUACCCCAUGAAUUACAUGACGCAAGACCGCGGAAACGGGCCGCCGAUGUCCUACCCCGCACCCCCAAGUAGCCGUAACUUCAGCCAGUAUGUGUACCCGGACUUUCAAAACGGUCAACAGCCUGGCGCAGGAGCUGACCACGCGCACCAGGACCUACGCGCGGGCUACAACAGCAUGCCGCCCAGUUUCGCUGUCCCACCCACCGGUCAGCCCAUGUCGCUGCCGCACAUGGACGUCGAAGGUUGGAGUAGAAGGCUUUUUUAGGUGGAACUUAUGAUUUUGCAGGCUUUUGCAGCGUCGAACCAUAUGAAGUCACUUUUCCACAUGCACAUGCAUCACCAAAAUGAAAAUCUCAGCGUACUAUACAGUAAAAACGACCAACAACACAUCCUCCUCACAGGCUCCGCCGUAGACCCAUAUAGCACCGGCCUGCCACCCAUGCAAUACCCGGGUCAAGACCUACUGCGAGCGGCUCCGCCGGCGAGGAGCGAGCCGCACACGGGGGGAGGCUUUCUGGAACACGACGAGGAGCUGAGGUGUUGAAUUAAUAAAUGAAUUUGUUGCUGUUUUCAACUUUGUUGGACGUGGAUGUCAAUGUCUUCGGCUCGUCCACUUCUCCACAGGGGGAGGGGGUGAGCGAGUAGUAUCCAUGAAAGUAGAAGACUUGUUGCAAUUUAUUACGUCUACGUGGCUGUGUUGAGUGGGAAAUCUGAACACCCAGCAGCUGCCAUCUUUCCAGGUCGUACCAGCAAUACCCGGGCUCUGACAACGAUCCGCCAGUUCCGGCGCCUGGCCGCGCACCAGAGGUGAUGGCAGAGGUGGAAGAGCAACGCGUGCGAGUGCCGCCGGGCGGAUUCUCGAGCCUGAUUUUGUAUUGAAGACGAGAGAUUAUAUCUUCUGUCGCCUUUUUUUUUUGAUGAGUUUUUGAAAAUAAUUGAUGCUGUACUUACUUAUGUUGCAGCCCCGCAUACUUUCGCGCACUUUGUUGGAGAGGCGAAAAAAUAUCUUCUAUUGGCGAAAUAAGUCAGUUGCCAAAAUUAUCAUGAUGUUUGAAAAGUGUGUAGAGGAUGCAAUGCUGGGUGCGAAGGGAGUCCCUCCGCGUCUUGUGAUGUCCCCGUAGAUAGAGACUCUCAGAGUGCUAAGGAGGGGCAAGAGCACAGCUUGAAGUUGUGUUUACGAAAUGCCGAAAGCAAAGUGUAAAUUUUUUAUAUGUCACUGAAGAACACGGUCGUGACCGGCCUCACUGGUGCCCUGUAUCCGUUCGUUUCUACUAAUGGGAUUAUUUUCACGUUUCUAGUUAACUCGAUUUGUCAGUUUUUUCCCGGCCUAGAAGCCGUCGGAGGAGUUGUAAUGAUCGCCACCUUUUCUUUAAAAGAAGGCCUUGUCAUGGAUACGCAAAAAGUUGCUUUCUUGUACAGCUUGUAUGUAAGUAACGAAGAUAGGAAAGCUGCUAUGAACCGCGUCUGCGGGAUGCUGCAGAUAUUACUCGCGUUUCAAUAAAAGAUUGCUUGUCUAGCGCAGCAGUUUCAGGCUGAGCCGUUUUCAGGACGCUAUAAUUUCGUGUUUCUAUUCUUGGGAAGUGAAAAUCAGUCUUAAGAUGACGCGGCUUUUAGAAAUAGAUGCCAGCGAAUUAUUGUGGUGGAUGCGGGCGACCUGCUGGUCACGAUUCACAAGCAGCAUAUAUGAUUUUUUUAUGAAUACGAUGUCCGUCGUGUAUCAAAUUUAUAUUUUUUAGUAUAUCAGAAAUUAGAUGAGUUCAAUGUCAAUGUCAUGAUACUAGCGAAGAUCGAGAUGAAGUCGGACUACCGCCGAUUGGUUGAAUUGGGCUGGCCAAGAACCUGAUCAUGAAGCGAAUUCAACACCGCCGUCGUGACCCCGUCUCGACAUUACGUUGCCGUUGUCCUCACUCUCGCCAGAGACCUGCAGUCACGUCUCUGCUUGCCUGGAACCGUGG